AUGAUCAUCUUAAGUCGUUUAGAAGAUUUAUCAGCUGCAAUUGUAUCUGAUUUUGCUUAUAUGAAACAACGUGAAGAAGAAAUGCGUGAUACAAAUGAAUCAACAAAUAAUAAAGUUCUUUAUUUUUCCAUUUUUUCAAUGCAUUGUUUAAUGAGUUUAGCUAUUUGGCAAGUACUUUAUCUACGACGAUAUUUUAAAGCCAAAAAACUUAUUGAUUAA